UAAGAGAAAGAUGGCGGACGAAGCUGCACGUUGCGAUGUUGCAACGGUAAAGACCCGUAAAUAGAUUUCUUGGCAUCGUUUGAUUUAGAUGGCUCUUCUUCAAUUGCAAGGAACUUACGGAUAUUCCAGAAAGCUGUUACUACGUUGGAGUCGUUGUGGUUUUAGAUUCAAAACCAAUACCAAGGUACAACAGUAAUUUCUCGAUAUAUUAUACAGAACACUUUCACAUUUCACUUCAAGUUGAUGAUAAUCUGUAAUGUUUUGGUCGAUAGUGUCUCUUUACUUUUGAUUGUAUUCUCCCCUAGGAAUUUCAGAUAACUUUAUUCUCCUUACAGUGUCAAAAAAUUUCAAGCACAUGCGAGAAUUUAGAGAAGGAUAUCCACCUGCAGGGGAUAAUUUUGACGUGUAACAUCAACUUAUCAGACCCAAUGUUAAAUUAUGCGGCAGAUAGCUUUUGGGGAGAAUUGACUUUAAAGUGUUGCACUGUGUCACCAUUGCUAAAAAAAGGCCAAGGAAAAACGUAUUUUGAGGUUUAAUAUAACUUUUGGUUGGAAAAAAAAACACCUCAUCCAUUUCUCCGGAAUUAGCAAGCCCUUCACUUAACUCAGAAGAGCGCUGAAAAGAAUUCACAGCAAAAAAAAUAAAAGAUAAUGAAAAAAAAAACACAACAGACAGGAAAGUCCUCAAUAAUGAACCAAAGCUCUAAUUGAAUCUAAUAAACCAUGUGUUGCCAUCUGAGGUUUAGGCACAGUAAAAUGUAAAGAACACAACUCCAGAAUAACAAUUAAGUAAUAUAUUUAUGAGCACAUUUUCCCAAUUCCCCUGUACCUAUAGACUCCUUUUGCAGCUAUCAUUCAGGUUGUUUUGGAUAACAUGCUCCCCAUUGAGGAGAAGGGAGCAUGUUGUGUUACAAGCUCAAAUGGUGACUGUGGUAAAGUUGGGUUUGCCAUUUUAUUGUUACUUUGAAGUUAUUCAUGGGUCUGUGAACUUUGUUUUAGAAUAUUUCACAACUGGAUAAUGAUACAGAUGGUGCUGAGAGUGAGAUUCACAGUCUAUUUGUAAAUCCUAGCAGGGGAGCUAAUCAGGAAGCUGUUUCUUCAUUGUUGGAGUCACCACUCUCACUGCAGUACAUGAACAGAAAUCAAAAUGGCGAAAGAAUCUACCUUGGCAAGUAUCCCAGUGUAACAUCAAUUCUUGGUCAAACUAAGCCUCCAAACGAACAUUUUGCUUUGCUAAAUUGGAGGAAAGCUCAGAUUUCUGAGCUAGGAAAGAGAAAGUUUAACAAGCAAGCACAAAUCACCUUUAGGAAGGGACAACUUUUUCAUCAAGUAAGUGAUGAUUUAUAAUGCAUGUAAUAGCUUCACUUAGAAGAAAUAAGUGGUUAAUUAUAAGGGAGUGUGUAAGUGAGUAUUAGUAAGUAAGUUAGUUAACUCUUUAUUCAAAGCAUGCUUAUUUUGCAAAAUUUUACAAAAUUUAUGUGGAGAGAAGAAGAUCAACUCUCUGACCCCUAAGAGUGACUAGUAUCUAAUUUCUCCUUAGAAUAUUACCCCAGAAUCAAACAUUUAGUUCACUAGAAUAAAGGAAAUGAUCACCAUCUAAAGAAACUCUUGCCUAUUAAACAAAUUCUCCUUGUCAUUACCACAGAGAUUAUAUAAGGAACAGUAGGGAGAAUAUGCCUACAGAUGUUAGGGUGUAAAGGGUUCAUAUCUGUAUUUUUUAUUAAUAGGCUGUUCAGCUGUACUUUAACAGCAGUAAUGUACCAGUUCUAGAUGAAGGUUCAAGUGAUGCAGGAUAUUGGCAGAGUGUCAAACAUGUGUUAAAGGAUGUUACAAACAUAGUGGCAGUUGAGAGUGCUGUGGCACAUCCUUUGUUACAAUAUGCCGGGACUCUUGACCUUAUAGCAGAGUAUAAGGGUACACUGAGUGUGAUAGACUGGAAGACUUCAGCAAAACACAAAACUAACCUCAAAGACUGCUAUUCCUACCCUCAACAAAUUGUGGCUUACGCUGGUGCUGUAAAUUUUGAUGAGAACUAUCCAUUUCAGGUUUGGUUUGUUUUGUUUUCAUGAAUUUUACAAGACUUUAGGACAACUCACAGAAAUUGUAGGCUGUGCAACAGUUGUUAAUCCUUCAACUCCAUGAGACAGAAUUUCUCCUUACAAUGUCAUCAUGAUAUCAAGCAGGAACGUGAUGAGAAUUAAAAAAAAAAAAAACAAAUUAGGUAAUUAUUAGUUGAUCCAAUACCAACUUCUCCAAAUUAGCAUUAUAAGAAUUGUGUGGCAGACAUUGAACUGUAUGGGAGAAUUAAUAGAUAAAUGAGAUCUUUGGAGUAAGUGGGUUGAGAUAAAGCUUUGAUUAGUCUUCUUAUGGCAUUCUCAUUAGAAAACUAUAAUUAAAAUUUUUUCUCACCUACAGGUUUGUAAUGGAGUGAUAGUUAUUGCAUAUGAAAAUGGUGACCCAGCAGAUGUUCACUGUCUGUCACAGGAAAUGUGUGAAUCUUAUUGGUUAGAGUGGCUGGCACGACUGCAACAAUAUAGAAAAAAAUUCCCAGAAUGUGUUAUUAGUGAAACUGAUUCAGAAGCCAGAGAAACUAGAGAUGACGUGCAUGAGGGUUGCAAAUUUGAGGCAUCAACUGAUUCUCCCAGGUCAAGAUCUGUGAAUAGCAUUGGUGUGCCUUUGAAAAGCCUCGGUAGAAUAGUCAAAGAUGAGGAUGUUAUCGAUGAUGAGAAAGUUGUUGAUGAAGAGGAAUUCCUGUCUAAGAGACGAUUUUAUGGGUUUUCUGCCUUGCUAGCUAUGAUCAAAUCACCAGAGGCAUUGAAAAGACUGUGUCAGAGAAUUCUUCAACGUGUUUCUUCCAAGGGGAAAAAAUAAGUAAGUUUGGUAUUGUUAGCAUGAAAUGCCUUCCUCACUCUGUGCAGUUUGAUUGACAGGCUUGCACCUUAGAAUGUUGUCUCUCUCACAAGCCUAUGAGGUACAAUCCCUUCAAUUGAAGAAAAAUUAGAUAGGAAACUAUUUUAGCUUUUACAGACGUUUUUUGCCAUAAGAAUUACACUCUUUACUAUGUGCAAUAGCCAAGAGAGUAAAUCCAUGUGCCACCAGCUGUGACUGUG